AUGGCACGAAAAAAUGAAAAUUUGAUUACACGCAAUCAACAAAUCGGCAAAGGUGGCUUUGGAACUGUUUAUCUAGGAAGUUAUCGUGACUACAAAGAAGUAGGAAUUAAAGAUAUCAAUAGUAAACUAUCAACUGAAGCUUUAGCUGAAGCAAAUUUACUCAAAACUCUUACACAUCCGAAUAUUAUUCAGUAUAUUGAUAUUGUUCAAACACCAAAUCAAACGUCAAUUAUCAUGGAAUUUAUCGAUGGUGGUUCACUGUAUGAUUACAUUCAAAGAACAACUCAAUCAUUGACAUAUUGGAAAGUUACUCGACAGAUCAUGAUUGAUGUUGCACAUGCUAUGGCUUAUUUACAUAGUCAACGUAUUGUUCAUGCUGAUUUGAAAAGUCCUAAUGUUUUGUUGAGACAUAAUUAUGUAGCAGUCAUAUGUGAUUUUGGUCUUGCAAGAACAAUUGCUGAUUCAAGAGCAGUUACUACAUGUUCUGUUGCAGGAACAGUGGAAUGGUUUGCACCAGAACUUUGUUUGGAUCGACCAGAGAGAAGUUCAUUUCAGUCUGAUAUAUGGGCAUUUGGAUGUAUCUUGCUCGAAAUCAUUUCAAAGAAAAUUCCAUGGGACGAUGUUUACAGCAAUAGUAAAAUUCUCAUAAAUGCAUUGCCUAAGCGAGAGAAUGCAAUUAUAUUUGAAAAUAUUUGUCUUACUCAGAGAGCUCCGGAAAAAUUACGUACAAUUCUUUGCCGUUGCUGUUCCUGGGAAAAAACUCAACGGCCUGAGUUUCCCACUAUAGUUCAGGAGCUUACUGCUAUCUCCGAUGUAGAUAUUCACAAUAUUAGCCAAGGAAAAGAAAAACCAUUGUCAUCGAAUUCAUCAAAUACAAGACCAUCGACUAGUAAAAAAAGAUCUCCAAGCAAACCUUCAUCGUCAUCAACAAAAGUAAAUGAUGCAAAUUCCGAUAAAUAUGUAAUUGCGAUGGCUCAAAUAAAACUUGAAAAUUCAGAUCGAAAACGUAAGUCUUCAGCAGUACACCGAACAGAUGAUUCUACUGAUAAAUCUGCUAUUGAAGACAAUACGAGAUAUGAUCCUAUCAAUGAUCGUUAUCUUCAUAAAGGACCACGUGGUGGUUGGUACUAUUUAACUCCUAAUGGCAGUAAAAUAUACAUAAAAACUGACUAA